GUCCUGGAGAUCUGUUUAAUUUGUUUUGUUACCCGGUGAUCUCACUUGCUUAUUAUACUACCACCACCAGCAUCUCGACUCCGUAGGUGGAUGCAGAACCUCCCUUGAAUGCAUCCCGUCUGCAGGGAGGUCCGCGUCUAUUGCUGCGGACAUGCUCCACUGGGCUGGAGCAGCGGCGUUGCUUGGGAGUUGGGAAACGGUUCCCGGAGUUCAUCCAAUGCCAGGAACCAGGGGCAGGAAAUGUAUCAGAUUGAGAUGACGCUUAUGUUGAUUGGAUCCCCAACAACGCUCGACCACUUCGCUCUGCCCCGACUAAAGCUAUGUGGCCGCCAUCUGCACGCCACGCCCAUUCCAUUUGCAUUUGGAGAUGAAGAAACCGCACAUGCAAGGGUUGUCCACGUCCCUGAUCCCGAGCAUCCUGAGGCAACGGACCACUUUUUUCGCUGCUGCAGGAGAGUCAGGAGUAAGUCCAGUAAGUGUAAAGCGCCUAAGUUUGGUGGUGGCGCACGUGUCAUGCACACUUGCUUCUUCCCAUUCCCUGCAGAUUCCCUAACUAUUUUCCCUCCCUUUUAG